AGCAUUCAAAGUUGGGAGCACAAUUGUUUACUCAUAUUAUGGAGUCCAGAUACAUAACACUUUCCCUUUUCAUCAUCUUUGUAACAUUUUCAAACUCCAAGUCAAUUGUGAAGAAACUCCCUGGUUAUCCUGGUGAUCUUCCUUUCACUUUAGAAACCGGAUAUGUGGGAAUUGGAGCUGAGAAUGAGAUACAGUUCUUCUACUAUUUUGUCGAGUCGCAAAACGAUCCGGCAAACGACCCUCUUCUGUUUUACCUCACCGGUGGACCGGGCACUUCUGGACUUUUCCCUUUCCUCUAUCAAAUUGGUCCACUAAGUAUUCGUUUAGAUGCUUCUGGGACACCCUUGUUGGAUUUAAAUCCUUACCCAUGGACAAAGAAUGCUAAUGUGAUAUUCUUAGAUCUACCCGCGGGUGUAGGGUUUUCAUAUGCUACAACAUGGGAAGGAUGGAGAAGUAGUGACUCUAUUCUAGCUAAACAUAGUUAUGAGUUUCUAAGAAAGUGGUUUGUGGAGCAUCCCAAGUUUCUGAGUAAUCCAUUGUACAUAACUGGGAUUUCAUACAUGGGCAUCCUCGUACCACCUGUUGCUUUAGAGGUGUACAAAGGUAACGAACAAGGAAGUGAACCACAACUAAAUAUAAAAGGGUACGGGAUUGUUAGCCCUUACACAGAUAGAUUCAUUGAUUUAAAUUCAAGAUUAGAGUUUGCUCACCGGGUUGCACUUAUUUCAGACGAUAUCUACAAGUCUACAAAAGAAACAUGUCGUGGUAACUAUAUAUACCCUGAUCCAAACAACACCUUAUGUUUGGCUGAUCUUCAACGGGUAGAUGAGUGCUUAAGCGAUAUUAACUUUUCGAAUAUACUGGAGCCAGUGUGUGACGACAUAAAUCCAUCGCCUGAUUGUCCAGCCGCUACUAAGAUAACUAUUGACGCUUGGGCAAACGAUAAAGAAGUUCAAAAGGCUCUCCAUAUUCGUCCGGGAACAAUAGGCGUGUGGGAGAAAACCAAUGAAACCAUCCAUUACACUUUCGGGAAAAAUGACACUAUAUGUUACUCAUAUGAUGUAUUAAGCGUUGUUGAUGUGCAUAAACAACUCGUUACAAGAAAUUGUCAAGCGUUGAUCAUCAGCGGUGACCAUGACUUGACAUUUCCAUAUGUGGGCGUAGAGAAAUGGAUAAAAUCUCUCAAUGUCCCGAUUAAAAGCCCUUGGAACCCAUGGUUUGUUGAUAAUCAAGUCGUUGGAUAUCAAAUGACCUAUGCAACAACAGGAUAUUCGUUAGUAUAUGCGACUAUAAAGGGUGGAGGUCAUUCUGUAGCACUGAACAAGCCUAAAGAAGCUGCAGUCCUUUUGGAUGGGUGGAUCGCUUCUCAUACUGAUAUUAGCGACUCCUAAUUAGUAAAAUAUCCCUAUUAUCAUUCUUGACAAAGAAUUUGUUACAUAUUUGUAUGUAAAAAAGUACAACAUUCUAUUUCUUUUACAUAUACGAGGAAUAAAUUAUGGAUGAAUGUACGAGAAAGACAUGUAUUAUGGUUUUCAUGAUUAUGGCAUGUGUUAUUCGUCAAGAACAUUAAUAUUGCGUGCUAUAUAACCGAUCUGGUUGAGUAUUCUA